GGAACCGUUCCUGCUGAAUGGACUAAAAGCCUAAUACACCCAAUAUUCAAACCCGGAAGCGAUGAUAAACUUGUUCCAUCUAAUUAUAGAGGUAUUUCCCUUAUUUCCGUGACAAGUAAAAUAUACUGUCAUAUCUUGAAUAGCAGGGUAAAUAAAUGGCUUGGUCAAAAUAACUCUCUGUCUGACUUUCAAAACAGUUUUCGAAAAAAUCUGUUCAGAGCUGUUCAGACCAUAUAUUUUCGCUAUAUAACAUUAUAA